CAAAGCGAAAGUAAAGAAUGUGUCAGGAAACGUUGUAAAUCGUGUUACUUGUCAAUCUUACAUUAACAACGAUUUGCCUAAUUUGAUGAAAUGAAAAAGUGAAAAAUAAUGGGAGCUUAUACAAGUAGUUUUGUUGUUGAACCAUCAAGAGAGAAUGCAGUUAGUAAAACAACCAAUCCACAGAAAGCUAACUGGAUUACCAGUCAUGCCAUUGCUACUGAAUUAACUAUAGCUGAAGUGGAACGUCUAUGGCUACGUUUUCAACAGUUAGGAUGUACUUCUAAUGGCAUUUUGACCAGUGACACGCUAAAAGAACCAAAAUUAAAUGAUGAUGCUUUUAUACGAAAUUUUUUGAGAACUUUUAAAUGUAAAGAUGGUUCAAUGACUUUUGAAACAUUUUUGCGUGGCUUGAAAUGGUGUGAAUCUCAAGGUUUAGAAACUAAGAUUAGAGCAAUAUUCAAAAUGUUGAAUAAUGGUGGUCCAAUAACCAAAGAUAUGUUUUCUAAAAUAGCUAAAAGAUUAUAUACAGAUGAUACUCAAGAAAAUGUUAAAAGAAUAACUGAUAUCUUUUAUAAACAGAUGGGGGCUGAUGCUACAGGAGUUCUUGAAGAAGAUCAGUUUGUAGCUGGAGUAUUGAAAUUACCAAAAGAUACAGUAGAAUCAGUCUUAAAUUUCCAUAUAUUACCAGAAAAAACAAGAGAUGGUGUUUAUAAGAAUUUGCCAGAGUUUAAAGGAGAAAAUAAUAAUACUGCAAGAUUACCUAUACAAACACCAUUAUCAGGUCAUCGACCUGUCACUAUGUCUCCUGUGAGCCAAGUACCAACAGACUCUGUCCUUAGACAAAUUGCUGAGAAAAUUCAUAGGAGGGACUGGGAUAUGGUGGCCAAUAAAUUAGGCUUUUAUACCAAAGAUGUAGAAAAUUACAGAAAGAUCUAUCCAGGAAAUUCUAAAGAACAGGUUUCAGAAAUGUUUAAAGAUUGGAAAAUAAGAGAUGGUCAUCAAGCUAAAGGAAGUAUUUUAGAGAGGGCUUUACGUGAUGCUGGAAUGGUAGAUGCAUCUUUACUGUUAUCAUGAUAUAAAUGAAGAAUAAGACAGGAAUGACAUGUCUUGUUACCUGUUUUGUGUGUUAAUACUUUUGAUAUUAGCAUAGAAAUGUUUAAUUUUUAUAUAAUAUUUUCAUUUAAUAUACAUGUAUGUUAAAUAUUAUUACUUUUAAAUAGGGUGAAUAAGAAAAUAAAAGUGCCUUUUUCAUACAUUAUAACCACUG